AUGAAAGCAUUAAUUCUUGUCGGAGGGUAUGGUACACGACUACGACCACUUACUUUGACUUUGCCAAAACCUUUAGUUGAAUUUGGAAAUCGACCAAUAAUCCUUCACCAGAUCGAGGCUCUGGCAGCAGCGGGGGUGACAGAUAUCGUGUUGGCGGUUAACUAUUGUUCGGAAAUCAUGGUUUCGACUCUCAAACAAUAUGAACAACAAUAUCACAUUAGUAUAACAUUUUCCGUGGAAAAUGAGGUAUUGCAUCUAUUAACCGAUGUUUUUUUAGGUACAGCAGGCCCACUCGCACUUGCACGCAAUAUACUUGAAAAAGAUAAUUCCCCUUUCUUCGUACUCAACUCGGACGUUAUUUGCGAAUACAAUUUUACACAAUUUCUAUGUUUUCAUCAAUCUCAUAAAUCUGAAGGUACUAUUGCGGUUACAAAAGUCGAGGAACCUUCCAAGUAUGGCGUUAUCGUGAUGAAACCCUCCAGUUCAGAAAUUGAACGUUUCGUUGAGAAACCUGUAGAGUUUGUCAGUAACAAAAUCAAUGCGGGAUUGUACGUUUUUAAUACUUCUAUCUUGGAACGUAUCUCUUUGCGUCCAACAAGUAUUGAAAAAGAAAUUUUCCCAGCAAUGGCUAGUGAAGGACAAUUACACAGUUAUGAUUUAGAAGGAUAUUGGAUGGAUAUUGGACAACCAAAGGAUUAUUUGACUGGUACCUGCCUUUACUUGUCAUCUUUAGCCAAAUAUAAACCUUCUUGUCUUGACAAUACAAGUCCCUAUAUCUAUGGGGGAAACGUCAUUGUUCAUCCUUCAGCCAAAAUUGGCAAUAAUUGUCGCAUUGGACCAAAUGUUGUCAUUGGUCCUGACUGUAUUAUUGGCGAUGGAGUACGUCUUAAACGAUGUGUCAUUUUACAAGGCUCCAAAAUACGGAAUCAUGCAUGGAUUGAAAGUAGUAUUGUUGGAUGGAAUUCCACUGUAGGAAAAUGGGCACGUUUAGAAAAUGUUACUGUACUCGGUGAGGACGUAACGAUUAAGGAUGAAAUUUAUGUUAAUGGCGGGUCUAUUUUGCCACAUAAAAGCAUUGAUCAAAAUAUUGAGGUACCGGCUAUUAUCAUGUAAAUGCAGCACGGAAAAAUGUGUUUUUAUAUCAUACUGUAUUUUCAAACAAU